UAACUUUUAACCAUAUAAUCAUUGUACCUGAAACCAAAAAUUCCAAGAUAUCAACUCUCUUUGGUCACAAAAAAAAAAAAAAAUUGCUCUCUCAUGGAUUUCUCUGCUGUUUCUUCUGCCCUCAAAGCAAUCGGCGAGCUAACUCAAGAAGUCACAUCCUUGUGGGGCGUCGAUGAACAAGUUGAGGGCCUAGCAAGUGAGCUGAGAUGGAUGCAAAGCUUCUUGAAAGUGGCAGACGCAAGAAAAGUUGAUCAUGAGGUGAUACGUACCAGCGUUGUUGAGAUCAGAGAGUUGGCCUACGAUGCUGAAGAUGUGAUCGAGAUGUUUGCCCUCAAAGUUGCUUCCAAAAGGAAAGGCGGAUUUUCAAAUUGCAUCAAAAGAUCCGCUUGUUUCCUUAAGGAGGGAUGCCUCCUCCACCAGAUCAAGUCAGAGAUAGAGAAAAUCACAGCCAGAAUCGAAGUAUUGACUCGACAAUUGAAGACGUAUGAUGUAUCAAAGUUAGGUGUUGAUGGAGAAGGACCAAGUUCUUCAACUGAAAGGCGGGAGGCAAGGCGGCCUUAUCCUCAUGUUAUGGAUGAUAACGUUGUUGGAUUGGAUAAGGAUAUUGAGAAACUGGUCUCAGUUCUUGUCGAUGAGGAAAGCGAAUGCAAGGUUCUCUCCAUAUGUGGCAUGGGUGGUCUGGGAAAGACCACUCUUGCCAAGAAAAUAUAUCGUCAAAGCCAAGUUGUUGGUCAUUUCGAGCACUUGGCUUGGGCAUUUGUUUCUCAAAACUGUCAAAUAAGAAAAAUUUGGGAAGACAUUCUAUCUGAUCUCAACAUCUUAACAGAAGUUGACAAGAAGAUGAAGGUUGAAAAAUUAGCAGUGAAGUUAUCUAGUUUCUUGGAGGAAAACAAAUGUUUGGUGAUACUCGAUGAUAUCUGGAACACCAAAGCUUGGGAUAGCUUAAAACCAGCAUUUUCAGCAAGAGAGACGAAAAGCAAGAUCUUACUCACCUCUCGGAACAAGGAGAUAGUUGCACACGCCGACAAAAAUGGUUUCUUCUAUGAGUUGCAGGAACUAGACUACAAUCAGAGCUGGGAACUAUUUCAAAAGAUUGCCUUCCCCCAAUCAAAUUCUCUAGGCUAUAAAAUUGAUGCGAAAAUGAAGGAGUUGGGAGAGGACAUCGUUAAACACUGUGCAGGGCUUCCAUUAGCCAUCAUUAUAUUGGGAGGAAUUUUGGCUACAAAGUAUCCUUCAUUAACUGAAUGGCUGAAGGUAUCUGCAAAUGUGAAAUCAUACUUGAAUAACGAUAAAGGUGAAGUACUAAGAGAUGUGUUGGCAUUAAGUUAUGAUGAUUUGCCUCCCUAUUUAAGACCAUGUUUUCUUUAUUUAAGCCACUAUCCGGAAGAUUAUGAGAUACCUGCGGAUAGAUUGAUUCAGUUAUGGGUUGCCGAAGGUAUUGUUUCAUCAAAGCAAGAAGAAGGAGAUGAAGGGCAAAAAGCGGAAGAUGUGGCUGAAGGUCAUUUGCUGGAGCUUGCAGAAAGAUGUAUGAUUCAAGUACGAGAAAGAGACAUUGCAACCUUAAAGAUAAGAAGUUUUCAGAUGCAUGAUCUAAUGAGAGAUGUUUGCUUGUCCAAGGCAAAACAACAAAAAUUCCUCUAUAUUGCAGAUCAGUCAAAUGUGUGCCAGUUAUCCACUAUUGGGAGGGUUCGCAGAGUUUCUGCACACAAAUUUUUUUGGAUACAGUGCAUUAAAAGUCCACACCUUCGAUCACUUUUGUUCUUUGAUAAGUUUUUACUGAGGGAGGAAGAGAAAAAGGUUUUGCCAUUCCAAAGCUACACCAACAACCGCAGAUCAGAAGAAAGUUUCAAUGCACUGGAUUGCUUUGUUGCAGUUUUAAUAGGUAUUGUGAUAGUUACUAAAAGGAGGGGAAUUUGGAAAUAUAUGUUCAAUAAUUUUAAUUUUCUUAGAGUCUUAGAUUACGAAAGUGGAGGAGAAGCAGGAUGCAUGUUACCCAAUGACAUUGGUAAACUCAUCCAUUUAAGAUUCUUGAGACUAAGGGAUUUGGAAUUCAUGAGUGCAAAGUUGCCAUCAUCUCUAGGCAACUUAAGGUGCUUGCAAACAUUGGAUUUAAGAAUAGAAGGCAGAUGCUCAGACUCUAUGCAUGUACCUAACGUGUUAUGGAGGAUGCAGCAACUAAGGCAUCUAUAUCUCCCCGAGGAAUGUAAUCGUAAAACAAAGUUGAAGCUGGGUACAUUGAGAAGCCUCCAAACACUUGUCAACUUCAACACCAAGAGUUGUUAUAUAAAGGAUCUUAUCAACAUGACUAAUAUUAGAGAGUUGGAAAUUCGAGGGCCCUUCAAUAUUGAAGAUUUUAACACGGAGGAGUUGGGCAAGAAUCCACUCAUCGUCCAAAGUAAAUAUCUUCAUUCCUUGUCUAUCAUCAAUUAUGAAGAAGGAAUAGAUCCAAGACAUUUGGCACACCUCCUUUCAAGUUGUGAUAGCAUUUCUAAGUUGAGCUUAGAUGCGGAGAUAAGAAGGUUACCAGAGUACCACUACUUGUCUUCAAAUCUCGCUUACAUAAAGUUGAGAAGGUGUAUGCUUGAGGAAGAUCCAAUGCCAACACUUGCGAAACUGCCUUACCUAAGUAUGCUUGAAUUACAUGAAGAGGCUUUCAUAGGAAAGGAAAUGUUUUGCUGUGGACAAGCUUUUGCUAAACUUGAGUCUCUAAGCCUUAAGAAGCUGAACUUUCUGGAGGAGUGGAAGGUGAGUGAAGGAGCCAUGCCUUGUCUUCGGCGAUUGGAGAUACAAAGAUGCAGACAGCUAAAAAAGCUUCCAGAUGGACUGAGGUUCAUUGCAACCCUCCAAGAACUGAAGGUUGUUACAAAGAUAAAGACAUUCAAGGAUAAAGUGGAAGAAGGGGGAGAAGAUUUCUACAAAGUCCGACAUGUUCCUUCUAUCAUAUUGCAAUACACUUUAUGGUAGUGAUUAUGAUUAAUGCCAGGUAUUGAAGCCCUUGCCAUUUUUUUUUAUUCUGUUGCUUCUCUUCAUGGGACCAAAUAUAUGUAAAAAAAGUUGUAACAGUACUGUGUGAAAUUGUGUACGUGGUGUGAACUUUUUUGUAUUGUAAAAUUAGAGAUUUGAAGUUGUCUUGUAUUUUCUAUUCGCUAGAGAUUGGGUGUUUUUUUUUUUUUGUUAUAAAUUUCAAAAUUGUAAGGUGCAAAAUUAUGAAA